CAUAACCUCAUAAUAAAAUCGAUAAUUUUUUGGUUAUAUUUUGAAAAACAUAUUCUUCAAAUUAAGAUGACCGACCCUAUAGGCAUAGAUGGUUCCCUUUUAGAGGGCGGAGGACAAAUUUUAAGAAUAGCCCUAACCCUUAGCUGCAUAAAAAAAAUACCGAUCCGGAUUUACAACAUUAGGGCAGGUCGUGGUAAACCGGGUUUAAUGGAGCAACAUUUAAAGGGCGUUGAACUGCUUAGAGACAUCUGCGAUGCCCAGGUUAAAGGGGCCACCAUAGGAUCUACUGAAAUAACCUUCUGUCCCGCAGAAAUCCGUGGUGGAACUUAUAACGCCUUCAUAAAGACUGCUGGCAGUAUCAGUUUACUGUUACAAGUAGCUUUGCCCUGUUGCAUCUUUGCAAAAAGUGAUGUAAUAUUAAAGUUGCGCGGUGGCACCAAUGCAGAAAUGGCCCCUCAAGUGGAUUAUAUGACCGAAGUAUUUCGGCCAGUGCUAGAGAAGUUUGGGGCCACUUUUGACUUUGAUUUAGUGAGAAGAGGGUAUUUUCCUAAAGGUGGAGGUGAAGUUAUAGUAACUAUUCAGCCUGUAAAAGAAUUACAUGGGAUUAAGCUUUUGAAUCAAGGUAAAGUAAUGUCUAUACAGGGCUGGAGCUUUGUGGCAGGUGUAAUACCGGCUUUUAUAGCUGACAAAAUAGCUGCAGGGGCCAAAAAAACAUUAUCACAAGUUUGCCGUAAUGUUCAUAUAGAAAGCUAUAAGGAGGACAAAGAUAUUGCUCCAGAUAAUGCAUCUGGAAUCAUUUUGCAAGCCACCACAGACACAGGAUGUAUUUUAGGGGCAAGUGCUUUGGGGAAAAGAACUGAGAAUGCAGAAGUAACUGGUGAACGAGCUGGGGAAAUUUUAUUAAAAAGUGUUUAUGAAGGUGCAUGUGUAGACGAACAUUGUCAAGAUCAAAUUAUUGUUUUUAUGGCAUUGGCUGUGGGACCUUCAAGUGUAAGGGUCGGUGAAAUAACUCUUCAUACUAAAACUGCCAUUUUUGUUGUUGAACUAUUAUGUAAAGUAGAAUUUAAUAUUGAAGCUUUAGAAGAAGGUGGAAAUAUUAUACAUUGUACUGGUCAGUAAAAGUUUUAUUAUUUUGAAUUUGUGAUAUGUAUAUUUAUUAUAAGUAAUAUUAACAUUUGGACACAAGAUGCUUGUUUGUUUUAUCAUUUUAAUACCAUUAUUUAUAUACUCAUUCUUUAUAGCAUAAUAUAUUUAAUAGACAUUUACCAAA